UUGCUCAACCUAUUCUAAAAAAAAAAAGACUUAUAGUGUGGUCUGUCUUUGUUUAUUUACAAGUAUAUAUCUUGCCAAUUACAGGUGUGUUGCUAUGAUUUCAUAAGUGUGCUAUUUAAAUUACAUUUUCACAAGUUACUUUUACUUUCAGAUAAUGUUUUCAACAAAAUUAUUAUCGAACUAUUUCGAGGUGGAAAUCAGUAGAUAUGUCACACCAUUAUCAAAAGUAGCUGAUAACGUUUAUUUGUCUCACACAUUGGGUCUUAGGUGAGAAAAAUGUUGUUGCGUUUUCCAUUUAUUUUGGUGCUGUUAGUCUAACACUGUGAAAACCACAGAGAUAUAUUUUAUGAUAUUUUAAAGCUAUUUACGUUUCUAACAUAUGACGAUGUGUGGCGCUGUUUUGUAAUUACCAAGUUUCUUCCCGCUGGAUUGAUACCGCCAUAUUCUUAGAGCAUAUUAUGAUGAACCUACAGAUUUGUCUUUCAUUGCAAUGUUCCGUUAGCAAUGUUGUAAAAUCGUAUAUAUUUUCCACGUUUUUUAUUGUAUAAAUACCAAAUUCUAGAUAAAACGCGUAAAAUGGAGUAAGGGAAUAAUUUUUCUAAAGUGGGUUUGGAACGAUUAAUCAUCUAUGAAGACUCUCUGCAAGUCUCGGAAUUAUUCGCUGCGUGUGAUGCUCCUGUUGAGGAUGGUAGAUGUCUUGGUGAACAUUCCAUAUGUGGUGUUAGUCAACGCCCAGGUGCCUUUGAAAAUUCGCCCUUUUAAGUUUCCCGAGACAGUAGAAGAAGGAAAGAGUGUUCAGAUAGUUUGUGGUCUAGAUGAAGGAGAUGGAGACACUAAGUUUAGGUGGUUAAAAGACGGAUUGCCCAUUGUUUCCGGAACUGAUUGGUCUGUUAUCACACAGCCUAAAUUUUCAUUGUUGGAAGUGAAAAACGUAAAAGUUACAAGCUCGGGAAAUUAUACUUGUGUUGUAAAGAAUGGAGUUGAAAUUGACAGCCACGCGGCAAUUUUAUCAGUACAAGGGCCACCAACAUGGAAAAUUGAACCUUCUGAUGUUCGGGUUACUGUUGGAGAAUCUGUUGAAAUUCCUUGUUCAGCCUACGGUUCUCCAGCGCCCUCUAUUGUUUGGACUAAGGAAUCUCGGAGGGAUUCUGGCUCUUUGUUUCAAGAUCUCCAAGGACUUGUUGAUAAAGAGGGAUCUUUACAUUUCAAAGAAGUCCAACGAAUCAAUGGAGGAUACUACACUUGUGCAUUGAAAAAUGGCAUUGGAAAUUUAUUACAAAAGACAAUAGAAAUCAGAGUAAAUGUUCCUGCAAGAUUUGAAGAAAAAUUUCAUGUCGAGAGAGUCCAUCGUGGUGACUCGGUAAAGUUAGAAUGUGACGCACUUGGUGAUAACCCAAUGACGAUUAGUUGGAACAAGGAUAACGAUCGUCUUUCGAGAGUGGACACUGGCCGUUACCAGAUAUUUGACAGAACAACGGAAGGAGGAACAUUGUCUGAAAUUCAAGUCCAUGGAGUAGACCAUAGUGACAAUGGAAUCUUUACGUGUCUAGCAAAGAAUGCGUAUGGAGAAGACCAAAGAACAAUAAAAUUGAUUGUCCUUGAACCACCUUCAGCCCCAUCAGAUGUUCGUGUGGACCAAACUUGGAGUAGAAGUGUGAGAAUCACAUGGAUGAUGCCCUAUAGUGGAAAUAGUCCUGUUAACAAAUACAUUAUCCAAUAUUGGCAAAACCAAGGUACUCCUCAUCGACUGGAAGAAGAAACAGUUUCUUCAGCACAGACUUCAACAAUACUUUAUAAACUUCAACCAGGAACAUCCUACGUUGUGCGAGUGAUGGCAGAAAAUGAUGUAGGAAAAGGAACUCCAUCUGAAAACAGACAUUUUCUCACAAGUGAAGAAGAGCCAAGUGCUUCACCUACUGAUGUGUCGGUGGAAGCCAGGGGAGCUGGAACCCUUCAUAUCAAGUGGAAAGCACCACCAAAAGACCAAUGGAAUGGUCAGCUGAAAGGCUACUAUGUUGGCUACAAGGAAACAAGUUCAACAGAUUCUUACACAUAUAAGCAUGUGACAUUCAGUGAAGGACUUUCAGAAGAAUAUUUGCUUCAACAUCUGCGAAAAAAUACAGCAUAUGGUAUUGUAGUGGUAGCUUUCAACAGUGCAGGUAGAGGACCUGAAUCCCAAGAAAUUGGGAAGAUAACCAAAGACACUGAUCCUCCUACAGCUCCAUCUUUAAGAGUUACUGCUCAGUCAGAAACUACUAUUACUAUAAAGUGGCGACAAAACAAAGGUGAUGCCGACAUGAUUUCACAUUACAUUUUGUUCUACAAAGAAAACUCUAACACAUGGAAUGAGGUUACAAUUCCUCACAUAAAGAAGAAAGAAUAUGUUCUUCAGAGUUUGAGACCUGGAAGCAUUUAUUGUCUUUAUCUUCAAGCUGCUAGCCAAAAAGGCAACAGUAACCCAAGCAAAACGUUGACAGUGAAAACAGAUGGUGCAGCAGGACCUAUGGAAUGGAAUUUACAUGCUGUAAUCUCAGGAGAAGAAGAAUUACCAGAGUAUUUCCGUCUGCCAGUUUUAGCACCAGUGUCUGCUUCUGUGGCCAUUGUAAUUCUUGUUGUUAUUGUGUCUUGCAUGGCUGUGAAGAAGGAACAAACACGAUAUAAUAGAGAUAUCGAAACAGUGACUGAGAAAAUCUACCCAUACAGUAUGAAUGGUACCCCACCACAGCGAUAUGUAGAUGUGGAAAAAACUCGCCCACUAUUACAACCUCCUCCGCCCCCUCCACCGUUUCCACUCCCUCCACCUCCAUCUGAUGACUAUUCUGCUCCAUAUGCCACGCUACCAGUAAAUGAUGCGAAUAAUUCCACCGAUAGAAGGAGAAAUUUUGGAAUAGGAUCCAAAUCUAACGAGGGGUCAAUUGACAGCCGGCGGCAGGGGGAUGGAAACAUGAUUCAAGAGCGAGCGGAAGUACACCACCACUACGACCAUGCAGCGUGAGAACCCCGACUGUAAACAGGCACGUGAGUUUCUGAAGGGCCAUGACGGAUCUUGAGUGUUUGUAAGAAAUAUGUUUUAAAGCUCCGCAACAGCUGGACUGUUCGUACUUUAUUUGAUGUUCGUUUUUUAGAUGUACGUGCGUAUGAGUGUUAUAGGUUGGUAUUAGAGCAAGUAACGUGUAUUUUUACACUCUCUCCAGACUAUUAUCUCUAGGGAUGAGCUACCAUAGCAACGUCUAGUUUGUUUAGUUAAUUCGAAUGAUUACGUCAUUCAUACUGCUGAAACAAUUACAUACAGCUGACAUUUAACUAGCUGAAAUUUCUAGCAGUCAUAACUGGCGCAUUCCUAUUGCUACAGAACUGUUAUUUGUGUCAUACCCGUGUUAUAUACCUAUUAUCUAAGUAUAAACUUAAUUAGUUUUGAAACUAAAAUGUACUUACUCAAAUAUCUCAUUUAUCUUGCUCUAGACUAGAGUUUCCUUAAAACAGUUUUUAAAUUUCUUUUAGUGCUAGGUAAUAUUAUUACAUUAACAACAUAUUACAUGGAAUAAAUAAAAAGCUGGAAGACGAAAAGUAGCCAAAGAAGACAGACGUGUGCAGUUCAAGAUUAGCAAGAUUGAAAUAUUUUAUCCAUAUUGUCUCAUUCAUUGUUCUAAUUAACUAGAAACAAAUAUACAAAGUCUAGAUAAUAAUACAAUGUAGGUGAUUCCAACAAUAUUUACACGAAAACUCAAUGACAACUAACCAGUAAGAACAUGAAGAAAAUGUAUCUGUAUCCAGUCAUUCUAUUACAGUAGUUACAGCAUUGAAUGACCUGUUGUGUGACUGAUACUUCUGUCUAUAUUAGACAUCAAAGAUAAAUUUCGAAAAUAUUUUCCAGUAUGUUUACAGCAUGGUUUCCAAACCGCGUUGACGCCUAGUCUUACCAUCUGUGCAGAAAUGGUAUAACUAUCUCGUACAUAUAUUGUUAUCAACUGUCUUCCAUAAUACCAUUGACUGAUGACGUCAUUCUCCAUGCAGAUGUCAUACAAUGACGCAAGUUUAAGGUUGCUCAUUCUUAUGAUCAAACAUGUUUAAUUCUUCAAAGAUCCGUAUUUUUCUUCACUUUGAUAUUAAACUGUUCGAAGUGUCCUUAGGAGUCAACUUUGAGCAGGUUUCUAGUGCUGUUCAAUGUCUUGUGUUGUUACAGUUGUUAAGCACAAUUAUGGGCUGGUCUAGAAACUAAAUGUUGUAAUGUGUUAUAAGUAUCAUUCCGUCAAAAAAUCAAGAUAAUGAUUUAAAAAUGAGUGAGUUAACCAGAUAAUUCAUUAGUCGUCUUGUAAAAUGAAAUACGUGCUAGUUCACAAAGACAAGCAAGACUGAUUAGCUUAGAGAUUAUUGUAUUGGAAGUGAAUGUUGAUAACAUUGUUAUUUGUUGCUUCUUCUCUCAAACCUAAUUGUCUGUUGCAGUUUCAAAGUGUAAAAAAGAACAUUAUCAGCGCAUAAUUUUGAUAAAUAUUUUAAAAAUAACAAUUUAACCUUAUAAUAACAUGAUAAUUUUUUAAUUAAGAAUUAAUAACUCACUGUGGUGGAGGAACCGUGUAUAAUCUGAUCGUAGCUUCGUUAUAAAGCUGUGAAAUACAUUUGUUUUUGACAGUUAUUAUAAACGGUGUGCGCGCUAGCCUAGCCAUUAAUAUCCAAGAAGAAACAAGUAAUGAAACCGUUACAUAUAAAGAAAUUUGGGCAUUUUUAUUGUUGAUGGUUUCUUAAAAUAAACCCCAUAAUUGGCUUACGAUAUAGUUGUUAUUGUUGUAUUAUAACUUCGUGUACAUGUAAAGAUAUUCUGGUUUAGAAGAAAAUUUAUAAACGGUCUUUAAACAAAUCCCAAAAUUGGCCUAAGAUAUAGUUGCUGUUGUGUUAUAACUUCGUGUACAUGUAAAGAUAUUCUGGUCUAGAAGAAAAUUUAUAAAGUCUUAAAACAAACCCCAAAAUGGGCUUAAGAUAUCUUUGUUGUUGUUGUGUUAUAACUUCGUGUACAUGUAAAGAUAUUCUGGUUUAGAAGAAAAUUUAUAAAGUCUUAAAAUAAACCCCAAAAUUGGCUUAAGAUAUCGUUGUUGUGUUAUAAUUUCAUGUACAUGCAAAGAUAUUCUGGUCUAGAAGAAAAUUUAUAAAGUCUUAAAACAAACUCCAAAAUUGGCUUAAGAUAUCGUUGUUGUUGUGUUAUAACUUCGUGUACAUGUAUAGAUAUUCUGGUUUAGAAGAAAAUUUAUAAAGUCUUAAAAUAAACCCCAAAAUUGGCUUAAGAUAUCGUUGUUGUUAUUGUGUUAUAAUUUCGUGUACAUGUAAAGAUAUUCUGGUCUAGAAGAAAAUGUAUAGUCUUAAAACAAACCCCAAAAUUGGCUUAAGAUAUCGUUGUUGUUGUGUUAUAAUUAAUCCGGAAAAGUUUCUAAAUUACUGCGGCAACUUACAUGAGGGUGGGGGAAAGUAAUACCCUCCAAUAAAAUUCAUUAUUUGACAAUAUACACAACCUUGUUUUAUGGAAUUUCCAGAAUGUUUCUUGUGUUUAUUUUGUUAUACAGUUGCAUAUGUUUCAGCUUUUGAAGUAAAGGACCAAAUGUAUUAUAUACCACUUGCAUUUUGUAUGUUUAAUUAGUUUUGUAUUAGCUUUAAUAGUGGUGACUCAUAGAAGUUACGGGCAAUAUGCCAGUGUUAUCCGUGAUCAAAUCGUCACGAACACGCAUCUAAAUGUUGCUGUUAUUUCAUAUCCUAAAGCUUAUAACCAGUAAAAGCUGAAGACACAAGAGUAAAUUAACUUCGGUAUUACAGUGAUUUUCAAUCUAGCCUUAAGCGUACUUCUAAACUGUAUUACAACGUGAUUAUUAUCAUCAGUCCGCAUUAUGUUGUUACGUUAUUUUCUCCAUUAUAUUCACAUAUACUGAAAGAAACAUAUCCAAAAUGGUUUUAUAACAGUGACAUGUGGUUAAUUUCCAACAUGAUAUAUUGUUUUCGAUCGAUAACUACGAAGACGUCUUCUUGUAGUGAUGUAUUGGAAAUGCUCUGUUUGAGCUCUGUCCCUAAUCUAGUUUACUAUUUUUUGUUAUCAUGACAACCGUAAACAUGGGUGUGUUCUAACACUGUCCGUGCACCAAUAGUGCGCUGCGAAGUAAGCACGUGUUAUAGCUAGGUAAUGCACAUGACAAGACGAUCGAUAAAAACUGCACGACUGGUCCAUAUAUAUUGUUGAUGAUUUAAUGAACAUUUUUCAACGACGAUUUCAAGAUAUCCCGCCCAUUGUCCUUAUUAUGUUUCCAAAUAUAACUAUUUUAUAACCACAUUUUCGUUAUCUCAUGUAUUUUUCUCUUAAUGUAAAUAUAACAUAGAUAAUAUAGCAUGGACAUUUAUAUUAGGGUUAGGAUCACAGUAUAAUAUAUCACGUAUUUGAUCAAUAACCAAAAUAAUAUUUUAAAUUUUAGCGUUUCUAUAUGAACUUCAGGCCAUAGUAAUUUUUGAAAAUAAUGGUUUUAUUGUAAUAUCUUGAUUGAUGUCAGUUUGAUAUAGAAUUUGGUUAGGAAAUCCAGUACUGAAGUACUACUGAUUUGUAAGUAGUAACUGUUUAAAGACGAAUAUCCAGAAGGUAUAUAGCAUUAUAUAUAAAUAUCUGUGAAAGGUCCUGCACACAAAAAGUAUAUUUGAUUCAAUGUUAACACAUCUUUUUUUCUGUUUAUUUCAAAAUGCAUUGUCUGUCACCAUGGGCGUCCGCAGAAAGGCAAGAGAGGCAAUUGCCCUCACUGGGAAAUGAGAAACACAAGUCUUUUUUUACUCAUUCACCAACCAUAUGUAUAUGAAUUUUUUAUUCAAUUCACAAUUUUACACUAAUUUGCCCCCCCCCCCCCUCGGGAAAAAGUUCUGCGAACGUCCAUGACUGUCACAGAAUACAAAUAGCAACUAUAAUCAAGUUAAGCCUAAAUAUAUAAUGGUGCUGUGAAUUCUCAAUUGUAAAAAUUAAGUUCUGUUUUGUGUUUAUGUGUUGUUGUUUUUUCAUAGAUUAAUUCCUUGAUGUAAGAUAGAUAACAUUACCCAUAAUCUGUAUAUAACUUACUAAGAUUGAGCAGUAUGUUCAUUCUGAAUUUUAGCGUUCAUGUUUUUGAUGUUACAAGUUCAAGUUCGUUUCUGUUCUAUGUAAUUGUAUUAGUUAUAUCUAUGUACCUUUGUCAGUGUUCAUCUAAUACAUUGUGUGUGGUCGAAUGAUUUUUCACUCUCGGCCAGCUUUCUUUUAUGUAACUUUUUUGACAUUCAGAUUAAAACCCAACAAAAACUCC